AUUCCCAAAAGAAAUAUAUAAAACCGAUCGAGUUAUAGUGCUUUAAACGACUUUGAGGAUUAUCUUUGGGCCCUUGGAGGCCCCCAAUUCCGCAAUCGAACCCACAAAACCCAUUGCCCGCCGUUCAUCACCGAUCCUGACAUGAUGAACUUCUCCGCGUUCGGCGGCCCCUUCUCCGGCAUCCAUCAGUUUGCCGCUAAAUUCGACGCCCAGACGCCCGGCGCCUUCGGCACGCCCCCCGCGGCCGCCGCGAAUGCAGCAGCCGCUGCGGCAGCGGCCGGCACCGAUAACCAUGUGCAGCGCUAUCAGACCAAUGGCAAUCACUUUAAUCAGAAUGUGCCCAACGUUUCGGCUGCCAACAACAUGCAAUAUGGCCAGAAUAUCUCCAUACCGUACUCACAGCCGCAGGGCGAUCUGAACUUUCUCAAUGCAGCCGCUGCGGCCGAUCAUAAGGGUAAAAUCCAUCCAAAAAUCGAACGUGACCGGGAAGAAGUCCUCAACCAGCAGAUCCUGCAGAAUGUCAACCAAUCCUGGCAGACGCUGGCCAACACGGCCAACACGGUGGACUACUCGUCGCACCUGCUCUCCGCCACACUGCCCAUCUCCAUACAGCACUUCCUCAAGUACUCGGAGACCAUCAAGAAGGAGUCCACCGGCGAUGUCCUGAAGAAUGGCACCAAUUUGGCCAGCCUGGCGCUGGGGGGCGUGGCCCUGACGCCCAGCAACAAUGGGGCAAAUGGAGGCCAUCACAACGGACUGGUGGGCAUGGACCAUGGCGGUCACAUGACCAACAUGACGGACGCCAAUGGUGCGGCGCUGACGAAUGGCGGCACUAGCAAUGGGGUGAAUGGCAAUGCCAAUGGAACGGUGACCAAUGGUGGAGCCGGCGCCGUUUCCAGCACCGGAUCCGUGGGCACCACGAACGCCAGCGGUGGGACGGGCACGGCCACCGGCAAGAAGACCAAAAAGAAGAAACCACCAAAGGAGAAGAAGCCACGUCCCAAGCCGGGCGAGAUCCGCGAGACGAAGGCGCUGGACGGCUCGACGCUCUACUGCUGCCCGGAGUGCCAGAUGGCCUAUCCGGACCGCAGCCUCAUCGAGCAGCACGUCAUCUCGCACGCCGUGGAGCGGCGCUUCGUCUGCGACAUCUGCAAUGCGGCGCUGAAGCGCAAGGACCACCUGACCAGGCACAAGCUCUCCCACAUACCGGACAGGCCGCAUGUGUGCAAUAUCUGCAUGAAGUCCUUCAAGCGCAAGGAGCAGCUCACUCUGCACAUUGUCAUCCAUUCCGGCGAGAAGAAGCAUGUAUGCAUUGAGUGUGGAAAAGGUUUCUAUCGCAAGGAUCACUUGCGCAAGCACACGCGGUCGCACAUCGCCCGGCGGGUCAAGUCGGAGGUGUCGGCGCAGAACGUGAACGGAUCCUCCGGCGGAGGAGGUGGCGGCGGCGGAGGCGGCAACAGUGCGCAGAGCAACGCGCUGCACGGCUCCUGAGGAUCGUACAAGGACUUCUGGUAAACUCCCAGACGAAUUUCAAGCCAUAAGGGGCGGCCGGGCUGCUUUCACUGGUGGAUAAUGGGAUCCGUAUACCAUAUGGGGAUUCGACUGACCACCAUUGGGAGCAGUCGUUGGGCUGCCUUUGAAAUUCGCUGGGGGCUUACCGGGGGUCCUGCUGAGCGUCACCCAACUCCAAUUACAAUAACCCUCAAAUAAACACGAGUUAUACUUACUGGAUGCAAGUAUUAGUACGAUUUUGUUCACAACACUUUCAGUUCUUUAGCUUUAGUUCUUUCAGUUGAGAUUUUCGCACAAAAAACAAAAAAAGAUGAAAAAGAAAAAACGGUCGAGCAAAGUAUAGCAAUCGAAAUGUACAAAUCAGCAGAAUGACAGAUUUAAAUUCGAGUUUAGUAUGCGCAUAUGUUAAGGGAAGAAGAUAACGCCGCUUUAGUGUCGCUUUCGUUUCUUUUUUGGGGAUCUGUGAUCUGUAGUCGCUGCAUAAACGAUGAUAAAAAGAAGAUGAGACGAUCGAAAGCUGUUCUAAGAAUAAGUUAAUAUGUCUGCAACCGAUUUACUAUAUAUGUAUGUGCAAUUUAUAAUCCUUUUGAUUUGCCUUUUUGUUCGUUUGUUCAUUAUUUUCCCCACAGACAACAUGGGGAUUUACACAAGAUUCUUAUUGAAUUGUGCACAUUUUUAAGGAAGUAAGAAGCUCUACAAGCGAAAUUUGUACUUCUAGUCUUGUAUUUUAUUUUACCGAUAGGCAUAUAGAGGGAAACCCGAAUCGAGGUCAUGUAAUCUUAAGCUUUUAAACUUGAAUGUUCAAAGGAAAACCUUCGACGCAGAGUCACGACACUCACACCAAACACUAGACAGAAAGCCGCAAUACGAACCUGCAUCUUGGCAAGCCGAAAUGCCCGAAAUGCCGAAAUGCCCAACUUCCAGCCAUCGUCAUUGCUUGCAACUGCAAUAUGCAACACUACACCUAUAUCCAGCUUACCAAUACUGAUUACCGAUAACACUGAUAACCACAAAUAGCGUUAAGAGCCACUUAUACAGCAGCAAUAGCCAUAGGAUCGCAGAAAGCACGGGUCAAAAACAAUCUUAAAGAAUCGCUAAACAUUAACAAUUGCAGAUGCAACAGCAAAACAGCAAAACAGCAAACAGCAACAAUAACCGACAACACAACUGUAUAAAAGGAUAUUUUUAUAUAUAUAAAUACAAAAAGAGAGAGCAUAUGAAAACCGAAUAGGAAUAAAGGCAUAAAACAAUAACCGAAAUAAAGUGCAAACACUUCGAGCAAGUGACAACGUAAUUUACUGUUCAAAUACAAAGCAUUUUGAGAUUAACGAUAAACGAUUAACGAUAAAGUAAAGUAAACGAUUAAACCGAUUCAAGAGCAUACAUAGCAAUGCAGCAUAUUGCAACCCUGUAACUUGUAUAGUUAUACGAAGCUUCAAACUAAAUACGCUAGCCUACAGAUACACCAUAUAUAGAUACAGAUACUGAUACACUUUCCUUGUUUGUUUCGAUCACUCGCAACUGGCAAAUGACCCACUGGGCUCAAACUCAAGACCCGAAUCGAAUGGGGUGAUAUGGAUAUUGUUUCACAUUCCAAGUUAAGGCACAUUUUAGAGCGAUACAUCCAGUUAUUAUCUCUGGACAAAUCGUUAUUUCUCGAAGAGUUUGAGCCAGAGCGACAUUUCCAUGCAUUUUUCACGUUCUUAACUUUUUUUCUGGCACAUCUCUCACAAAAAAGGUACUUAAUCAGUAUGAUAAUCUCUCGGCUUGUGCCGAAAACUUGUGAAUUACAGUAUGUUACAGUGCGGAACGUAAUUGAAACACUUGCAGUGAAGUACAAAUAUUUUAACUACACACCCACGACACACCAGCAGAUUACAAGACAUAGACAAGUGAACCGCAGAGAGGUAUUAGCCAAAAGUUAAUGGGAAAAGAAACAAAACUAAGCAAAUCUAAAUACAGUUACUACGCUAGAGGGUAGCACAGCAUAUUAUUAACGUGUUCUGUUGGCCCGAAAGCCAGUGGGCUGGCAACCCAGAGACGACAGCUUGUAAACAAUAACGUGACAACAUAUAUAUAAAUAAUUAAGCAACCUUCACAAACAAGAAGUUAUUAUUUUGCCAUUGAUUUUCUUGGUCUCACUCACUCACUCACUCUCUCUUGACACACUAAAUCGAAUAAGAAAAUAUAAAACAAUAAGUUUAUAAAGAAAAAGUUGCAAUAAAUGACAAACAAAUGAAAUUAAAUCACUCAGGGAUAAAGCCUCCAAAAGAAAAAAAAAAAAACAUAAAAUAAAAAUGCAAUAUUUUAAACGAAACGAAAUGAAAACAAAAAGGAAACAAAGAAAAGAAAAAUUUAAUCUAAAGAAAAAGUACAUUUUAAAGUUAAAAUAUUUUAGUAUAAUAACGAGAAGGACAAAACAAAAAGUUUUAGAAAUUUGCACAAAUUUUGGCAUUUUAUAAACGCAAAACGAACCAUCAACCACAAACAAAGCAUAAAGUACGAACAAACAAAUGACGAAAUAGAAACAUAUUUUCUCACACUUCAUUGGCUUAUCGAAGGUAUAAAAUCGACAUUUACAGGAUAGAUCACCGACUUCAUAGGCAAACGGUCCGUGCAACUUUUAGUGCAUUUAAAACAGAAAAUAGAAGUUAAAGUGAAAGUGAAAAACGCAAGCAGUUCAUAUUUACAGGAGCUAAAUAAGUAAUGCGGGGUAUGCGGCCAAAGAUGAAGUUAAAUUGUAGUUAGAGCAGGAUGGCAUUUAAGGAGAGGAUCAGAUGGGCGCGUAACAUUCGUAACAACCUUUUAUAUACAUUGAAAACGAGUUAAUAACGCCACCACUACCAAUUUGACAAACUGUACGUAUUGAAUUUAUGUUUAGUGUCUGCAGCAUGCGGGGGAUGUGAGGCAAAGAGAUUGACGGGCGAAGAGCUAAAUACAUUUAAGGGUUAGAUUUUCUGCGAAAGGACUGAAGUUAAGGCAACGUAGCGUUUAAAUGCAAAAUUGAAUUGAAAAUUGAAAGAAAAAAACCGAGUGUUAUGGAUAAUGGAGCGUGCGCGAAUGCGAUUGGUGACGAAAAUUACUUGUUUAAGGCUGGACUUAUGUAAUUUCGAGCGAUAGAAAGCGAUAGUAGCAAAACAAAAACAUGUAAAAUGCAGAUACAAUAUUUUUAUAAUUAAAAAAGGUACCCUCAAAAACCCAAGCCCGAACCCCAACCCCAACCCGAUCCCCUGAUCUUAAUAUGUUUAAUUCAACUGCAAUUAUCGUUAAAGACGUAUUUACUGUUUGUGAUCCAAAAUUCAUUGAUUAAACGUAAACUACACAAAGGAAACAAUUGUUGCAUGGGCAAGGUUUGAAGCAAAGGUCCCCGGGUUCGCAAAGCACCCACAAGUACUCGAUCCCCGGGUCUCUAAGACGAGGAAACCACGAGUCAAGGGCCGGGUUCAAAACCCGGCAGAGUGCGGCGUCGAUGACUCGCAGCAAUAUUUCGUGGACAAGCCAUCACACAUCGGACAAGGCUUGCCCACAAAAUGUACCUUUAAAGACCGAGCGUUGGGAGUACUUUUGGCCACUCUGCGAACCCCUAGAAAUAGAGCAGGAAAACAGUAAAUUGUACUUAAUUGAAAAUGAUAUAAUAAAACACCGCCACUUUGAAAUAUAUUUACUUGAAUCAAAUAAUAUUAAUGAGUAUGUAUAACUUUGUACUUGAAUAAUAUUUUAUUUAUAUUUACCUUAAGUCAAUAAAAAUUCUAAUAAAUUAUAA